AAAACCUCAGUAGAAACUGAUUCACUUCAAAUGCAUCUACUUGUAAUAGCGCCAGUGAUGCUUCUGGUGAUGGGUGUGGAGGAGGAGCCACCCGUGCAGCGUCAGAUAGAUGCCAUCCGGGCCUUUCGCAACGUCUCCGACGACCUGCUGCUUGUGGACCUCAACACAUUCGUAACUGAGCACCGGCGUGUGCUAGAGAAACCCAAAUACUUUGAUCCCAGUGUUAAGGAGACCAAAAUAAAAACCCUCGACCUAAUGAAACAGGCCAUCUAUGGAACUCAGAUACGGCUGCGUGACCUCGACGGCGUGAUGGAGCGAUACAAAGAUAACCAAGCUUUCCAGAUGGCGUUUCUUUUCUAUCGGCUGGACCAGCUCAUCGUAGACAUGCGCCGUAUCUACACUUUGGCGCUCAACAAGCGGCUGCUCAAGCCCAUGUAUCAGCACAUCAUCUGGUACGAGCACCUCGCCAGAAAGCACGUUGACGUGCUGUAUUUAGUGCAGUUCGUGAUCGACACGCACGAGCGAGUGAUGAAGAAUAUCAACUUCGUCAUUCAGCCUAUGACGAGUCAAUGACCUUGAAUUUUCUUUACGAAAUAUAUUAACGAAAUGAAAACCUAACAACUUACGAUUAUUUUAAUAUUAAAUAAGCUAGAAAAUUCGAUCCACAAUUUCUUAUGCGAUUCAUAUUUUUUUGAUAAUGACUGUAUUCGUCUCCAAACGAGUUAUUCUUGUGUCAGAAAGAGAUAAAAGAGAAGAAAGUAUGUAUAAAUGGUAGUGGGAUAGAGAAUGGGAACGCACUUAUUUUUAAGAUCACGGGUGCAGUGCUCGCGAAUUGCAGCGCACAGUAUUGUUUUACAGUAAACUGAUUUCAAUGUUCACUUAAGGGAUUUUGGUAGUUCCCUGGUCUAGGUCACGUAUAAUCGUUGUUACGUAAAUAUGAGAUAGGUAUGGCGUAAAGAUACUUUUCGCUCAAAAAAUUAUAUAACUGAAGUAAGAUUAAGCCAGAGCGCUCACCGCGCGCGGAGCGAUGCAGUCGUAAGCGCGGCAACGUCGCUCGCUCGCUCGCUCAGUAUAGCGCGGGGCUCGCAUCGGGAGGCCGUGCCGCCCGAGUCAUGAACAACGACAAGAUGAACACACGCGAAUACCGCGAACGCCUCAUCGACGAAGUGAAGAAGAACCCGGUGCUUUACGACACGCGCCACGAGAACCAUCGUGACAUCGACGUGCGGGACCGUUGCUGGCUCGAGAUCUCCGAACGCCUUGGGGCCAACUGUGAGGUGUUAAAACGCGAAUGGAAGAUCUUGCGUGAUUCCCUUCGACAGUCGCUCAAAAAGAGCAACCGAGGCGGCACCACGAAGGCGGGCGCGCCUUGCAAGAAGUGGCGCUUUCAGUCUCGCAUGGCUUUCGUGCUGCCCUACAUGACUAUAAGAAGAAACCGACGUGUCAUCAAAGACGAUAUCAAGAUGGACGAGUCUGAAUUGCCGUCGGAUCAGGAACUGGAGACGGAGACGUGGGGAGCGGCGGAAGCACCGGAAGAGGGUGGCGAGCACGAGGCCUUGGAGCUGUUCUUCGCGUCAGUGUGCCAGAGCAGCAAGCGGCUUCCGCGGCGGCUACAAGCUACACUUAAAAGGCAGAUCCUGGACGCUCUGCUGCGCGCCGAAGAGCAGUGCGACGAUAAAGCUCCCCCCCACAAAUGGGACUCAGUCGCGUCUUAGGGCAACCGAGUUCUACUUAAACCUGUAACUUACUCAGAUCGAACAUACGUAACCGUCGCAUUUAGGACAAUUAAAUUGGUAGGUUUGUAUGCUGCGUUUUAGCAAUCUGAACUUCAUGAUUAUUUUUAGGUUACGUGUGUGAUCGCUGAAAGGACGAUGACGUGAUAAAGAUCCUUCUUCACUAAUAUAUUUAAUGAGACUGCUUUAACUUAGACAGGUAUCAUUAGUCAUUAGUUACAUUUUAUGUUUUAUAACUUGUGUGAUUUUUUAAAUGUAAAUAGAUAUAUGCA